AUGUUCACCAAUUCCUUACGUGCUGCCCAAAACACAUUCAGAAUGGCUCAGAGAAACCUUAUUACUCCAGUUAAAACCGCUACCGCUCCACCACCAGCUGCCUCUUACUCCCAGGCUAUCAAGGUCAAUGGUUUUGUCUACGUUUCUGGUCAGAUUCCAUACACCCCAGAGAACAAGCCAUUGUCUGCCAAUCCCACCAUUGCUGAGCAGGCUGAGCAGGUGAUUCAGAAUGUCAGCAACAUCUUGGACGCCUCCAACUCUUCUUUGAAGCAUAUAGUUAAGGCCACCAUCUUUUUGACCGACAUGAAGACCCAAUUCGCCGAGUUCAACGGUGUCUACGGUAAGCACUUCAGCGACUUCAAGCCAGCCAGAUCUUGUAUUGCUGUCAAGGAGUUGCCAUUGGGCGUCGACUUGGAGAUGGAGGUCGUUGCUGUUGAAAAGGACGACAGCAAGUUGUAA